UUGCUGAGCCACCUCUGAAAAACUCAGGCCUGCAGCCUGGAAGAGAUAGGCCCAGGUGGACAGUGUGCAUACAGGAGAGAGACAGCUCCUCGCAAGAUGAGCAGCCCAGUGCAUCGAGUGUCGCUGGGGGACACCUGGAGCCUGCGCAUGAACCCUGACAUAGAGAGCGAGAGGCAGGCACCAUCCUUUGACGUGGAAAGACUCACCAACAUCCUUGACAGAGGGGCCCAGAACACUGCACUCCGCAGGAACGUUGAAAGCAUUAUCUACAGUGACCCCGUGUUUAACCUUCAGAGCAGUCAUUUCAUGACGCCCAAUGAGCAUUAUGAGGCUGCGCUACACAACAGAUUCCAUGUCCAGAAGCUGGCACAGCGUCUAGGCUGGCAGGAAGAUGGUAGUGAAUUCAAUUACGUUAACAGAGCCCUUUCCGGAGCCAUAGGCUUGGGCUUACAAAGUAUCUUCAUAAACACCCUCAAGAGCCUGGGCUCGGAGGAACAGAUUGCUAAAUGGGGCCCGCUCUGCAAAACCUUCCAGAUCAUCACAACGUACGCCCAGACAGAGCUAGGACACGGGACAUACCUUCGGGGCCUGGAGACUGAAGCCACCUAUGAUCCAUCCACCCAGGAAUUCGUGAUCCAUAGUCCUACAAUGACUGCCACCAAAUGGUGGCCUGGGGACCUGGGACGGACAGCCACCCAUGCUCUGGUCCUGGCCCAGCUGAUCUGCUCCGGAGCCCGGCAGGGCAUGCAUGGCUUUAUUGUGCCCAUCAGGAGCCUCCAGGACCAUUCUCCACUGCCAGGAAUCACCACUGGGGACAUUGGGCCCAAGAUGGGCAUAAAUCAAGUAGACAAUGGCUUCCUGCAGCUGCACCACGUGCGAGUCCCCAGGGAGAACAUGCUGAGUCGAUUUGCAGAGGUCCUGCCAGAUGGCACCUACAUAAGGCAUGGAACAGCACAGAGCAACUAUCUUGGCAUGCUGGUGACCCGGGUAAAGCUGCUGUUGAAUGGGAUCCUCCCCAACCUGCAGAAGGCUUGUGUCAUCUCCCUGCGCUACUCCGUCAUCCGCCGCCAGUCCCAGCUCCGGCCCAGUGACCCAGAGGCAAAAAUCCUGGACCACCAGACUCAGCAGCAGAAGCUCUUUCCACAGUUGGCCAUGAGUUACGCCUUAUAUUUCCUGGCUAUCAGCCUCACAGAAUUCUUCCAGCAAUCCCAUGACGCCGUUCUGAACAAGGACUUCACCCUCCUGCCUGAGCUCCAUGCACUGAGCACCGCGGGGAAGGCCACGAUCUCGGACUUCUGUACUCAGGGGGCUGAGCAGUGCCGCAGGGCCUGUGGUGGACACGGCUACUCAAAGAUGAGCGGGCUGCCCACACUGGUCACCGAAGUGACAGCCUCCUGUACCUACGAGGGUGAAAAUACAGUGCUCUACCUGCAGGUGGCCAGGUUUCUGGCAAAGAACUACCUGCAGGCUCAGCUGUCCCCCACAAAGCGCAAGCCCCUCCCUCAGUCUGUCGCCUAUCUUGCCAUGCCUGACCAGAGCAGGUGCCCUGCACAGAUGGCAGCUGACUUCCUCCUCCCAGAGCUCUACGUCACAGCCUGGGCACACGUUGCAACCAGACUCAUAAAGGACGCAGCCCAGUGCGUACAGACCCUCAUCCAAUCCGGGGCUGACCAGCAGGAGGCUUGGAACCAGACCACUAUCAUCCAAGUCCAGGCCGCUAAGGCACACUGCUACUACAUGAUUGUGAAGACUUUUAAGGAAGCUGUGGAGAAACUAGACCGUGAACCAGCCAUUCAGAAGGUGCUCAAGCGCCUCUGUGACCUCUGUGCCUUACAUGGCAUCUUGACCAACUCAGGUGACUUUCUCCAUGACGGCUACCUGUCAGGGGCCCAAGCAGACAUGGUGAGAGCAGCCUACUUGGACCUCCUCCGCCUGAUCCGGAAGGAUGCUAUCUUGUUAACAGAUGCGUUUGACUUCACGGAUCGGUGUUUGAAUUCAGCACUUGGCUGUUAUGAUGGAAAUGUGUAUGAACGUCUAUUCCACUGGGCUCAGAAGUCACCAGCCAAUACUCAGAAAAAUCCUGCCUAUGAGAAAUAUAUCAGACCACUGCUACAAAGUUGGAGAGCCAGGCUCUAAAGCAACCAACAGUGUUGGAGAAGCAGCAGCCUGGUGGAGCCACAGCACACAAAAUGAAACGGGAAACCCACACAUACAAAAGGAAAUAUUAAAUUACGUAUUUCUAGAGUCAUCUUUGGAAAUAUGGUCUGAAGUAUUACCAGUUGAAACAACAUCUGGAUUUACUUCAAAAUAGUCCUUAGAAGGAAAAAGGGAGAGUAUUGAAUGUGAUCAAUAAACGGGCACCUGGGUGCUCACCAUUUGCUCUG